AUGGAAGUAGAAAAUAGUACUAAAACUGGUCAUUGUGAGAUACAGUUGCCGGUUAGGAGCCCUGAAUUUGAUGAGCUUGUGGUGGGCUUCGACGAUGAGGCACAAAACAUAAUUGAUCGACUCACUAGAGGUUCAAAAAAUCUGGAUGUUGUUUCUAUUUUGGGCAUGGCUGGAUUAGGGAAAACAACCCUAGCCAAAAAAGUUUAUCGGCAUCACUCCAUAUUACAUUACUUUCAUGCUCGCUCCUGGUGUACUAUAUCUCAAGUUUACAAUAAGAAAAGCUCGUUACUUGAAAUUUUAAAUUCUCUUGAGAGUGGUUGCGACAAAAAUAUGUUAGACUUGAUGAGUACAGAUGAUUUAGCUAAUGUUCUCCGUAAAUCUUUGAAGGGAAAAAAGUAUCUUAUCAUCCUGGAUGAUGUUUGGGAUAUUGAAGUAGAGCAGUUUGAAAAAUUCAUUCCCAAAUGA